UUCCUAAGACAGGGACACAUGGGCCUGGUUAUUCCUCUUGUCACAUAUAGAAUGGUAGGAGAUGAAAGUGGGAGAAAGAAGGGGCAAGCAAAGGAGGGCACAAACAGAGAUAAGUGAGCUUAGCUGUCUGAGCCAAUGGGCCCCAGCAGAGGAGCACCUGAGCCCAGCACACAUACCACUCACCUUGCAGUCCUCUCAAACUGUCCAAACCCUUUCCCUAUAACACUGACCCCUCACACGGUCAUUCUCCAAUACAGGCAAUACCCACAUUCCCACUCAGAAAAGGGGUAUAAGACAUGACCUCCUAGGGGUUAUAGGAGAGAAAAGCAAGAAGGCAAGAGCGCUACUGGACUUCAGCAACAGUUGUGGUAUCCAGGGAAAAGAAAUUUGGCCACAGGAGCUGAAAACAAAAAUGUCCUGCUAGUUUUCUUCUAAAAAACCUGUUCCUCUCCCAUCUCCUCUCCGGCCAGGUCCAGGUUUCCCAUCUCCUAGGAAAAGACAGAUCCCCCUAUUCGAAUCAUCCCUGUGGUGUGUGUGGGUGGAGGAGCUAGGCUCCGCUAGUGGACCAUGGUCUAGGCAGGGGCUCCAGGUCCAGCAAGGCUGGGAGGAGAAGGCGUCACUUCCGGGGGCCCUCGCCAGUGUCUGGUGGCUCCCUGCUCUCUGAUUGGGCAGAAGUGGCCAGGGCAGGCGUGUGACCCCACUGCCGUGAAGGGGCUAUGCCCCAACGCCACAUGCCUUUCUACCCAUCUGCUCCCCAGAGCGCUGCUUGCUCUUCAUUCUGGGUCCUGGAGCCCUUCUACACCCGGAUAGACUCCAGACCCUCUUCCUUGGCCUACCUGUGCUGUACCCCACCCUACUCUGCCCAGAAGUACAAGAGCCCAAGCCCAAGCCGCCUCCAUGGCCCCAGGAAGGAUUCGGGGGAGAGGCCCCAUACAGGGAGCCAUUCCAACCACACAGCCUGGCCAGAAUGGAGCUGACUGAACUGCUCCUCGUGGUCGUGCUUCUCCUAAGUACAAGACUAACUUGGUCCAGCCCGGCUCCUCCUGCCUGUGACCCAAGACUCCUAAAUAAACUGCUUCGUGAUUCCCAUGUCCUUCAGGGCAGACUGAGCCAGUGCCCAGACGUUAACCCUUUGUCCUCACCUGUCCUGCUGCCUGCUGUGGAUUUUAGCUUGGGAGAAUGGAAAACCCAGACGGAGCAGACCAAGGCACAAGAUGUUCUGGAAGCGACGACCCUUCUGCUAGAGGGAGUGAUGGCAGCACGGGGACAACUGGGACCCUCUUGCCUCUCAUCCCUACUGGGACAGCUUUCUGGACAGGUCCGCCUCCUCCUUGGGGCCCUGCAGGGUCUACUUGGAACCCAGCUUCCUCCACAGGGCAGGACCACAGCUCACAGAGACCCCAAUGCCAUCUUCCUGAGCUUCCAACAACUGCUCCGAGGAAAGGUUCGUUUCCUGCUGCAUGUAGUAGGGCCCACCAUCUGUGCCAAGCGCACCCUACUCACCACAGCUGUCCCAAGCAGUACCUUUCUAUUCCUCACACUGAACAAGCUCCCAAACAGGACUUCUGGAUUGUUGGAGACAAACUCCAGUGUGUCAGCCAGAGCUACUGGUUCUGGACUUCUGAAGAGGCUGCAGGGACUCAGAGCCAAAAUUCCUGGUCUGCUUAACCAAACUUCCAGGUUUCUAGAGCAAAUUCCUGGAGACCUGAACAGGACACACCGACCCUUGAAUGGAACUCAUGGACUCUUUCCUGGACCCUCACCCAGGGCCCUGGGAGCCUUGAAUAUUCCUCCAGGAACUUCAGACACAGGCUCCCUGCCACCCGACCUCCGGCCUGGAUAUUCUCCUCCCCUAACCCAUCCACCCACUGGACAAUAUACACUCUUCUCUCCUCCACGCACCUUGCCCACCCCCACGGUCCAGCUUCAACUCCCACUUCCCGACCCUUCUGCUAUUAUGCCCAACAUUACCAGUCCUCUUCUAAUUGCAGCCCACCCUCACUUCCAUAAUCUGUCUCAGGAAGAGUAAGGUACUCAGGCACUGCCAACAUCAGCACUGUCUCCCAUAUGUAAUUCCCUUCCUUGGAGGAGAGGCCCUGGGAAACAACUGCAAUUAUACCAAGUUUCCUGCUUUCACCUGAAACCCAAAGCCCUGGCAAAAGUGGAUACAUAGGACAGAAAAAGGAUCAUUUUUCACUGUAUAAAACAUCAGAAGCUAUUUUUUUAAGCUAUCAAUAAUAUUCACCAGAGCAACUCGUUAUCUUUGGUCUAUUUUCUGCACUUUAUAAGUCACGAAUUCUCUGUAUGCUCUUUUGCACAUGAUAAAUCCUCAAAGGCUUGGACUGGCCUGGCCUCUGAACAGAGGUAGAAACAAAUCUUGUAUCAGAAAACAGAAAAACGAGCUUUGGUUUUCUACUCAGAACUAAGGUUAAUCUCUUUACCUAUUUACCAUCAUUUUCAGUGGUAUUCUGUCUGUCCUUUCCUCAGGAGGUCCUUACUCUUGAGAAAUGAACAAGAAUUUGUCUCCCAGAAAGGCUGUGCCUACAUAAUAGAUAAAACUGAGGCUGUAUAAAUAAAGAAUGAAUAAAUGAGAGCACCCAAAACUAACUGAAAAGGAAGAGAAAGAUGUUCUUCUCAGGGGGCAAUACAUCUGUCCCUCCCUAAGAAAAGAAAAAAACAAAGGCUAACAGGAAGCCUAGGAGAACUUCACACCUCAGGUAAGGCUGUGCAGACAGUUCAGUCAAGACAAGACAGGGAUGUAACAGCUGAGCAAACAGCCAGAGCCUCAGUAGCUCCGCAGGAAGCUUCACCAGGCAUGGGUUCCUGCCUCCCUCCUGUGGAGGUCAGGGGGAAGUGCAGGAAGUGGCUUGAGUCGGUCUCCUGGGGCUCACACAGCAUGACAGAUAAGUACAAGUCAAGUACAAGUUGAAGGCUCAUUUCCCAAUUCCCAGAAGUGAGUAGUAUCGAAAAAGCGGCCUUGUGUUACCACCAUUAAAUUCUGUUAUGGUAUCUCCAGAAAAGAAGCCAGGCUUAUAGGACUUUGCCAAUAAAUGCUGCAAUGGUGCUUAGGGAAAGUUUUAUAUUGCCCCAAACAAAAACUCCACUGCAAAGGUCAACAUUUACCUCCAGAAGCUCAUGUAGGUUAAACUAAUGGAAGCUAUUUCCUCUUCCCUCCCCACGAACUCCCCAGAGGAGAGGAAAGGCUACCAUGUAGGUACAGGAGCCAGGAACCCAGAGUUCCAAACACUGCCACAAAUACUCCAUGAUUACUAAAGGCAUUCUAAAACAGAAUGAAAGUCAGAGUGCGCCAGAAACCUUAUAUACAUUAACUUUUUUAAGGCUCACACACUUUAAAGUAGGCAUUAUCAUUUCUAUUUUACAGAUGAGGCUCAGAGAAGCCAGGCAAGUUCCCAAUGGCUUUACAGCCUGUGAGCAGGAAAAGAAGAAAUAUCCUAGGCUGACUUAGUCUGGAGCCCAUACUCUCCCCAGUGUGGUACACUGUCCAGUAUGUAUAUCAUUCAGUGAUUCUAUUGAUUGGGAGAGAUUUCCAAGUCCUUAAGAAGUUAAUACAUCAACAAUUAGAGUUCUGAGUUAAAAAUCAAAGCUCUUGGUAAGAGUGACCAAUUUAGACAUCUCCAGGUGUCCCUCUCUCCAUCAUGGACUGAAGAGUUGCCAUGGAGAAGGAAUCAACAAAUGCACAAAGCUCAAAAAUGUUGUCCAAAUCUCAGAUGGUGUCAGUUCCUGCAUGGGAAAGAAUCAGUUCAUACACACUACAAAUUCCAGCAUGCAGUCAAGGGAAUGGUAAGUGGAAAUUUUAACUUACUGAAAUUCUAAAGUACAUUAAAUCUAAUACUCAUAUGAAACACUUUAUGGUACAAAAAGAGGUAGCACCCAAGACAAGAUAUGCCAAAGGGACAAAAG